CUCACUCUCCCACUCAGAGACUCAGAAAACCACCGACCUUGAAAUUUCUUCUUCCACCUCCAAAAUACAACCAUGAAAUUAUCCAACCCAUUUCCCAUUUCCUCCCCAAAACACUAAACCCUAAACCGUAAUUCUCAUCCUACCAACCAUGAGACCCAUUUCUCCAAAAACCCUCUACCGCCUCUCUGUCUCUUCGCCAUCCGCUCCUCCUUUCCUCCUUCAGAUUUCCCGCCUUUCAACCUCUUCGCUAUCCCACCAUUCGCACGCUCACUCUUCCUUCAGACGCCACGACGAGGAGGUUCGGAAUGUCAGGGUUUCGGUUUGGUGGGAUUUUGAGAACUGCAAUUUGCCGGCCGGUGUAAAUGUGUUCAAGGUAGCGAAUGCAAUCACUGCGGCGAUCAGGGCCAAUGGGAUCAAAGGUCCUAUCCAGAUUACGGCUUUCGGGGAUAUGUUGCAGCUGUCAAGGUUCAACCAGGAGGCAUUGUCGUCCACCGGGGUCAAUCUCACCCACGUUCCUCACGGUGGAAAGAACAGUGCUGAUAGGUCUCUUCUUGUAGAUCUUAUGUAUUGGGUUUCUCAAAAUCCCCCACCAGCACACCUUUUUUUAAUUUCUGGUGACAGGGAUUUUGCUAGCAUUUUACACCGUUUAAGAAUGAAUAACUACAAUAUAUUGCUAGCAAGUCCAGAAAAUUCUCCUGGUGUCCUAUGCAGUGCUGCAAGUAUUAUGUGGCCGUGGCAUGCUUUGCUUACUGGUGAAACCCUUACUGGGAAGUAUUUUAACCAACCACCUGAUGGUCCCUAUGGUUCUUGGUAUGGCCAUUACAAGGUUCCUCUUGAAGACCCAUACUCGGUUAUUGAGCAGCCGUCAUUGUCACAGACUGAAAAGUUGUCUGAGCCUGGUUCAGAUUCUAAGCCUCGUCCAAUUCCUAUUGCAGUUAGGAAGCAAAUUCAUAAGAUAUUGAAGUCACACCCUAAUGGAAUUUCCAUUACAGAACUUCGCAUGGAGCUUGCACAAUGUAAUUUGCAUAUAGAUAGAGACUUCUAUGGAUAUAAAAAGUUUUCCCGCUUUCUUUUAGCAAUUCCACAUAUUUUAAAGCUCAAGUCAUUAGGUGAUGGAAAAUUUCUGGUACAUGGUAGCCCAAAAUCAUCUGAACCAUGUGAGUACAAUAUAGGUACAUCUAAAGAACCUGUUAGUGAUAUUGGAGACCGGGAUCUCGAUUCAGCUUCCCAUUUAGGUUGUGAGGACAGAUCUAUUAAUAUAAGUACCAACAGGAAGCUGUCUGGAUUUACAUCCCAUGAACCAAAUGCAGAAAAGCCUUGUGAAGAAUCAGAACAUCUUUCUAAUAAUUCUUUGAGAGAUUCAGGUGUGAAGUCACAGUUGCCUCUUUCCCCUGUGAAUGUGAAGUCUUUGACCAAGCUACAACAGUUUUCUCCCCAUGCUGAGAAGUCAAUAUCCCCUCCUUCCUCAGAGAAUAUAAAGCCUUCUACUAAACCACAACAAAUUUCUCCCCUUGAUGAGAAGUCGCUCUCCCCUCCUUCCUCAAAGAAUGUGAAGACUUCGGCACCCAUUGACAAAGAGGUGGUUGAAGUGGCUACAGAUCAAGAUACUGAACUUCAUUUUUCUCCGGAAGUUGCACAAGAUUCCUCAUCUGAGGUGGGUUAUUUUAAGAGGAUUUGGAGAAAUUGGUUUGGCAGUAGAGUUAAUGUUUCAGGGACUUCGAGUCACCAUGGUCAAGAAGAAUUUUGCACUUCUGGUGAUGACACUAAGAAGGAAGACCAAGACUCUCUGGUGAAACAGCAUACUUCUGUUGAUAAUGCUGUGAAGGGAAAUGAUGAGAAAAAGCAUGCUGCAUCAAGUGAGGUUGUUGACCAAGCACUUCCAGCUUCAUCUUCUUCAUCCCACGAUGAAUCAGCUAAGGACAACAAAACUGCAACAACCUAUCCAGUGUCCGGUAGCAAGUCUAAAACAAAUCCAGGGAUAUUUGGUCAGAUAGUAAAUUGGUGUAAAUUCGGGAGAAGUAGCCCAUGCUAUGAUAAACUGAGUGAUCAAUCCCGUGACAGACUGAACCUGAUGGACAAUCACUCUCAAGUGAACAAGCUCUUUUCAACAGAUUCUUUUUGGGCUGAAAUGGAAUCUUUUAUGGACACACCUAAAGGAUCAGUUGCUGUCGUCAAAUCAAGGACCAGGGAACAAAUGGCACUCAACCUUCAAAAGGAAGGACCUUUGUCUCUUAGAUCUCUCUGCAAAGAUGAUCUUCUUCACUUGGUUGACUUGUUAAUGUCAGAAAAGAAGUGGGUUGAAGAAUGCCUUUCCCAGAUGUCACCUUUCAAACUUACUGAUCGUGGUGGAAAGAGUUCUUUGGAUCAGUCUAAUGGUUCAAAUAGGUUGAGAUCCAUCUUUGUGGAUCAACCAUCACAACGUGACAUGCAGAGAUCACGAGAGCAUGACGGAGAGGAAAAAUGUCAGAAUAUUCCUCAUAGUGGAGUUUCACUACCUACCAUUAGGAAGACACCUCCUGACAGGUGUAGAAGUGAGAUACUAGCCGACUGUCGAAAGCUUGUAAAUGAGCUAUUGAAAGAGCACCCAGCGGGAUAUAACAUGGGCUUAUUCAGAAAAGUGUUCUUUGAUAGGUAUGGCUACCACCUUGAGUUGCAUAUGCUUGGGUAUCAAAAGUUAGCAACCCUAUUACAAGCCUUGCCUGGGGUGAAAGUAGAGUCGUCUCACAUCCUUCCUUCUUUCACAUACUCGGAACAAAAGCCUCAGAAAAUGUUUGAUAUGAAAACUUCUGGUCCGAGUAUCCAAAAACAUACUGCCAGUCGUACAGCAGUUGAUUCAGAUGGUAAUUUAACUGAUGCGUCAAGCAAGGAUGAUGGUAGCGACUCACCAUGGGAAGAGCUGGGCCCUGUUGCCAACGGAUCCAACAAAAAUGAAGUGCAAUUAGAGUCAAGGGGGAAGGCAAUAGGAUCAACGGGUUUUGAUUAUGAACCAUCCCUUUCAGAUGAUUUUUCAGAUUCAGAAGAAGAGACAUCGCCUAUAACUGAAUCAGAAGGACAACGUGCUGCCAGAGUGAACAAAGAAGAUAGCUCCUUGCUGCAGAUCCUUGACUCAUGGUACAGCAAUAAGGAUGGCGAAAGCAGCAAGCACAAGUCAGAGAAUGUUGAUAGGACGGUUGAUUCCACGAAUGUCUCUAAGCUAUCUGGAUUCGGCACCACGAGUGGGACUUCUUUGGCAGACCAUGCCUGGAAGCAAAGACCGCAGAAGAGCUACUCUUUUGUUACAGACUCGUGUGGCGAUAACAAGGACAAGUUAAUUGAUGGCAUACUAGGUAGCUUGAAGAAACCAAGUGAGCCAAGGAUGGAGAGCUAGAUGGUUUAAAUGAUUGAGAGCGAGAGCAAGUUAAUAAAACAUAUAUACGAGAUCUCCUAGUGCAGUGCCAUUGGAACAUUUGAGUACUUGAAUUUUGGACAUUGGAGUCCAACGGAUUUGAUUUUUGAAGCGGCCGAGCCAAGUCAGGCUGCUCCGCGCUGGCGGUCAGGAGAGUUUAAUUUUAUAUUCCUAACCCAAUUAGUUUGAACUACUCUUGCUUUUAUCAAUUAAGAAAUGGCUUUAGAAAGUUACAAACAUGAAUGCGUGCGCUUCGCUUUGCUGCGGGUUUUAAGAAUUCCGUUUAAGACAACACUAUUAAUAUAUAAAUAAGUUUUAUAAAUCAA